AUGGAUUUGAUCGAAGAGAUUGUAAGCCGAGAGGAGUGCAUCGAAAGAGAAUUGAGGAUUGCCCCAAUAAACAAUACCGAAAUCAUGAGUCCACUGAAGACUGUGCUAAAAGACAUUGAAAUUCGAAUUGAUCACAUAGAAAGGAAAAUAAAGGAAAAUGCUCUGCGAGAGAAAAGAUGCCAAACUCUGCCAAUGAAUAUUACGGACGAGUUUAUUCGAAUAGACCGCAUCGAAAUGAAAAUGAGAGAUACGCUAGCAGAAACGAACGGCCCAACUCGAAGUGCAUUACCGGCGAGAAUGAAGCAGAACAGCUAG